GCGUUCAGUGAUUGUCGCAUAACAUCACACGACCAGCGAAGUAAGAUUAUAGUCUAUAUAAACAUAGACACAAUUUGUAAACAAUUAGGUAUACUUACUGGAAAAACAGUGUACAUUAGUAUGGAUUUGGUGCUAUGUUUUAUGUUUAUAAAGGUAUGAUCAGACGUCAUGUCGGGGUCAGUUUUUGGUGUAGAUUGCCGAUUUAAACCAGGAAGACGAGCGGUGUCAUCUGCUAUACUUGUAUUCUUGGUUAUACAGACAUUUGCACCUGUGCUAGGGAAGCGACAUAAACAUGCACAAGUGAAGGCUUUCUUUCAAGGGAGUUGUGAGCACUCAAUCUGUGAACAAAAAUGUCGUGACAUCGACCAUGGAGGUUAUGCCUGCGAGUGUCACCGCGGUUACCGACUUGAACACGACGGCAUCACAUGCUCUACAGUGCACGAUCACACAACAGAAGAACAUCAACCAAAGAUCUUAUUGGGAAAUGAAGACAAAGUUAAAAUAAUUCCACUCAGUGACACAAAUGAACACUUAGUGGACAAACAUCACACACCUAUUCACUAUAAUACAGUAAUAGACCCAAUUCAUGAAGAAGUUUCCUUUGACAGGUCUUAUAUACAUUCCAUUUCUAGCCUUGAUAAAGUUGUAACAGAUAAUUCAUUGGUUGACAAUAAUAAUCAUAUUAAAAGAGUACCAAACAAAGACAUAGAUGUUACAAUCAAUAGUGACAUUAAAACUGAAAAUAAGGAGAAAGGUGAUGCAUUAGAUAGUGAUCAGAAUGUUGUUAUAGAUGAUGAAAAGUCUUCUUUAGAAUCAGUAGAAAUUCUCACAUAUGAUCAGACAGAGGACAAUCUGCCAGCGAUAGAAACAGAAGAACUAGUAAGCUCAGAGACAAGAAAAACUGAUGAACUAAAGAGCCUUGUUCCAAACCAUCUACCGCAAUACUCAAGCCCGUCAAGAGAGAGCCCAGAAAAGAAGGCUGAACGCUGCGAUGAGUUUUCUUGUCUGAAUGAAGGCAAGUGUGUCGAUGAUGGAACAGACAAAAGGGGGAAACUUCGGUGUGACUGUCCCCUUGGGAAACUGGGGGAAAAGUGUGAAACAGACGUUGAGGUCCGGUUCCCUAAGUUCUAUGGAAACAGCUACAUGGCCCUUCCUGUACUGAAGACUGGGUACAAGCAGUUGGAUCUCUUGCUGGAGUUCAGGCCCCUGUCCCUCUCUGGGCUGCUCUUCUUUAGUGCAGAGUUUGAGGAUGCCCGGUCAGAUUUCUUUUCUUUGACCCUGGUCAAUGGAUAUUUGGAAUUCAGGUAUGACUGUGGCACAGGAGUGGGCGUGGUGCGCUCGACCAGCAGGGUUGCCAUGGAUACUUGGAACACAGUCAGGGUCAGUCGGGAGGAGACCCACGCCUCACUGUGGCUGAACAAUGACCAGCCUGUGUCAGGGUCAUCCGAGGGUUCGUACUCGAGGUUGACCCUGCGUCUGAACAUGUAUCUAGGUGGCUAUGACAACCUGGAUUUGGUGAAAGGCAAGGUCGGGAUGACCCAGGGGUUCACUGGGUGUGUGGAACAGGUUGUUGUCAAUGGUUACAAGUAUGACCUUAGGAAAGCAGAUUUGGUGGGAGAUGCACAGUUUGGAGUAAACAUUGGAGAGUGCAGUGAGGGCGUGUGUGAGGAUGUGGUGUGUGAACACAGUGGACAGUGUCGUGUCAAUUCUGCCGACACCCAUAUCUGCCUCUGUCCCCUCGGAACUGGGGGAGAGAACUGCCAGCAUAUCGUGGACGUACACAUCCCAGAAUUUCAGAGUCACUCGUACAUUGAGUUACCAGGCCUGGGCAGGUCAGCUCUCCUGUUUAUUGAGGUGGAGGUUGUCCUUAAGGCCAGCAAACCAGAUGGUCUGGUGCUGUAUAAUGGCUACAAGUUGGACCGGUCAGGGGACUUUAUAUCUCUGGCCAUCCACAAUGGUUACCUGGAGUACAGAUUUGACCUUGGAACUGGACCUGCCAUCAUCAGGUCAGCAAAGCCCAUUCAGCUGAACAAGUGGCACUGGGUUCGUUUUUCGCGGACAGGCAUGGAGGGUAUCCUGGAGGUUGAUGGGCAAGUAGUUUCUCACGGGCAAUCCCACGGGGCAUUCACCCAGUUGACUGUCACCCAGCCCAUGUAUAUCGGAGGCCACAGGAACUUUGAUGAGACUUCAGGUGCUGCCAACGUCUCCAGGGGAUUUGAUGGUUGUAUACAGAAGUUGACAAUCAACAAGAAGCACAUCCCUCUAGUGAAGCAUGCAGUAUCCGGCGUGAAUGUGGAGAGUUGUGUACACCCAUGUGUAGGCCAGCCGUGUUUGAAUAGCGGAGAGUGUAUGCCGCACGGGGAUGUGUACUCAUGUAACUGUGGGAUCGGCUAUACAGGGGGCAGCUGCCAUAAAAAAGUCAGUAUGAGUACAGAAAGCCUGAUGUUUUCUGAAAGCAGUUACUUGAAGUACACGAAAUCUGACAUUGCAAAAAGAGUUGGCGGCGACAAAAUUGACAUCAAAUUCUCCAUCAAGCCAAAGUCCCCUAGUGGUGUGUUCUUCUGGAGUGGACAGGAUAUUAUGGAGCCCAAUAGCGACUAUGUGGCCCUGGGCUUCAAGAAUGAGGCUCUAGAGUUCCGCUACAAUCUGGGAAGUGGGGAGGCGGUCAUCUCGUACAACAAUUCUGCACUGUUUGAUGGACAGUGGCACCAUAUACAUGCUCAAAGGGACCAGCAGGAUGGUUUUCUGUCCAUCGACGGCCAGGAGGUGGUAGAGGGAAGCUCCAGGGGCAGUUACACCAUGCUGAACACAAACAAAAUACUCUACAUAGGUGGCAUGCCAAAUACAGGAGGAUUGACCUUGAAGAAGUUCACAUCAGGAUUUGAGGGUUGCAUCAAAGAUAUGACACUGAGUGAAAACUUUCAGCUAAAACUCCUGUCAGCCGCAGAUAGUGGCAGAGAUGUUAUACCUUGCAAAUGAAGAUCUGGUUGAUAUUAGUAUUUAAUAACAUUAUACAGUUUGAAUUGCAAUUACAGUGUUAGGGUGAAAAGACACUAACGGAUAUAUCCAGUUUAUAAAUAACCAGUGAUGCCUAGCUUUAUGUUUGGUUAUAAACCAGUCUAGUUCUCAUGUUAUUCGUUUUUGCCAUCUUAAAAUUUUGUACUUGUGUACCCACAACUAGUCAUGGACAGCAAAAUGUUUAAGUGUUUAUUUUAACAUACUUAGAUGUUAAGUUAAAUAUCAUUCAAAAAUGUUUAGAUUAUAAAUAUUGACACCACCUCUGGUUAUAUUGGUGGUUAACUGUGUUACAUGAUUUCAAGAUUUCAAAUCAUGCUCGGUUAUUUCUUUAAAAUAUACCUCAGAUGUAACAUGUAGGAGUUAAUAUUGAAUUAAGAUUACGAUCCAUUUUUGAUCUUUGAUGUCUAGGCCAUUUUAAUGAAAAUAUAUUGUUAAGCAGGAUAUACAUGUAUGUCUCAAUUUUGAUGGAAUUCAUCAUUGAUAGGUAUAAAAUUCCAAAUCUCAUUUCCCAAUCAAUACCAGAAUUGCCUAGAAGUUGUGAUUGUUGUGAUAGGGGUGGUUCCAUUUAUUAAUCUGGUUUGUCACAUUCUUAAAAUGGCUUUCAUGUACAAGUUAUCAAUUAAUGUAAUGAUUUUGAAGACAAAUGUAAUGAUAACUUUCUUGCUGACAUUUUUGUGACUUAUUUAUUGUAUUAUUUUUCAUUGUAGGUAUUUAUUCAUGCUUAGUUGUCCCUAGAUGUUAAUUUAUUAAUGUCCCUAAGAAUCAUGUCCCGAUUUGGAAAAUUAUAAGAAUUAAGAAUUAAUUGCUUUAAUUUUGAAGAAUAAUUUACAGAUAUCCAUGAAAUAAUUCAUGUUCUUAAUCAUAUAUCCUUGUAUUCUUAAUAUACACAUAUUAUUAGCUACAGAUAAUGGCAAUAAUUCUGCGUCAGAACUUGAAUGUUUGUUUGUCUUGUCUGUUCUUUCGGGCUUUUGUUUCCCGUUUUUCAAAUAGUAAAAACAUCAUUGUAAAUACACAUAGAAAAUCAUAUGUUAAUGUGGUUUGUGUCCAUUUCUUUGUCCAUUUUUAAGCCAUUGCCUAAAGGAUUUUUGUGCCAUAUUGUAUUAACAUGUUAAUGAUAUAUUUGUCCUUUUAUUUGAUUUUUAUUUCUCAUGUUAGAUCUUUUAAGACGGAUUGUUGCCCUGUCUUGCAACAGUUACUUUCCCUGUCUUACGUAAAUAAGUUCCUAAAAAGUUUGUCAUUCAGUAAAUGUAAUUUUCCUAGUGCAAUCUAAAUUUUAAAAAUUGUAUGAUCAUGUUCUAUAUAAAUUUCAUUAAAGUUAUAUUUUAAUAGACACCUUGCCAUUAGGAUCUAAGGUUGACCCAUAGGAGGUAAUCUUCUGUUAGCCAAUCAGAGGCCUACAUAGUAUAGCUUUGUAUCAGCAAGGAAAUUGAAUUUAGUCUAUAUUGACCCCAAGUUCAAAAAGAAUUUGGUGGUGUAGACUCAAAUCACAUUGUCAGUCACUGUUGAUUGUCAAUUAUACUUUUUGAAAUAAAUAAUUAAAACAACUGUCAGUAAAUUUGUGUAUUAUUAAAAAAUUCUGCAAAGUUGGUGGCACCUUUGUUCCAUUUUCACAAAGGAAUUAAUUCCAAAUGAACACAGAGGUUCAGUUGUACAUACCUGCUUCAUGGCUGAGCUAAAAAUAGAAAUUUUAGAAAUCCAAAAUAUUUAUAAAUAGAUUUCAACAGCUUGGAGUCAGAUCUUGCUGUAGUAAAGAUGUGCACUUUAAUCAGAUUGAUUUUUAGCUCUACUGGCCAUAGGCCGAUGGUAAUGUGUACGUAGUAUGUGCGUCUGUGCGUCUGUAAACAAUUGCUUGUGAACACGAUACAGUCUUCAGUUUUGAUUGUAUCUCGAUGAAACUUGUACAGUAUCUAGAUAUCCAUUAGAGCUCGGUUCCUUUAAAAAAAACAGCCAGAACCGCCCAUGCAUGCCUAGAUUAUGGGCUUUGAAAGUAUAAAAAAUGCGUUCGUUCGUAAACAAUUGCUUUUGAACAUGAGACAGUCUUCAGUUUUUAUUGUAUCUUGAUGAAACUUGUACAGUAUUUAGAUAUCCAUUAGAACUCAGUUCGGUACAGUAAAAAUGCUAUUUUUAGCUAAGUCUAUUUUUAGCCAAGUCUACAUGAGGGAAGUCUAUUUUUAGCCAAGUUUACAUGUAAAGUCACAAUUGCUUGUGAAUGUUUGUUCAAAUUAUGCCCCUGGGGUCAUUACUGGCCACGCCCACGGGUUCACAGGUUUGGUAUACUUAAAUAAGGAAAUGUUAAAAACCUUUUUGUCUGAAACAGCUAUGCAGAUCCUUGCUAUUUUGAACAAGGCUUUAUUCAGUGGUCCACUACCAUGUUUGUUCAAAUUAUGCUCCUUGGGUAAAAACUGGCACUGCCCUGGGUGUCACAAUUUUCCUAGAGAAUUAUUUAAGAAAUAUUUUUUAAAAUCUUUUUGUUUCAAACCACAAGGCCCAUACCUUUGAUAUUUGUUGUGGAGCAUCAUAUGAUGACCGUCUAGCAAAAUAUUUGAAAUUAUGCCCCUUGGCAACUAACCUGCUUACAACGCUUUCUGUCCUCAGGUGUUGAAUGUGCAGCGUUUUCAGCUAACCCAAACACAAAAAGUGAACUAUAUAUUUGUUGCUUAUUACUCAAACGUACAUGCUCUGGAUUGAAAAUGACCACAAGAGCCAUGCCAGUAGAGCAUAGGCCCUCUUGGGCCUCUUGUUUAAUUAGACAUCUUAUUUCCUUGCUGGAUCAGUGCUGUGAUAUUUACUUAAGCUUGCCAUUAAAGCCCUUGCCUACCUAUGACCUGCCUUGACACAAUUGGCUUCAAUUGAUACUUAUUUAAUUGAAAACUAAUACCAUUUUCAGUUUUUAUGAUUUUUUUUUUUCAAACCAAUUUCAUUUUUUAAUUAAUAUACAUUUUAGAGCUUUACAUAUUACAUAGAAGGCUUUAUAUUCAAUUGAACAUUAAGAUGGUGGACCUGUAUCUUUGUGUUUGAUCUUUGUUCAGACUGAAUGUGUUAAUUUCUAUUGAGUUUUGUAAGUUCUUACAUUUGAAAUACCCUGUACUUAAAUUAUUAGUAUUAAAGAUAUAAAACAUGA